UCGAUGAAGGUUCUCCUAUUACGAACUCGCUCCAAUAUCCCGGCAAUCGUAAAUGAUCGAUUAGCUUGACGUUUCGAAAACAAUGCCCACGAGAGGUCCGCGCUAAUUGCAGCACACGGACGAGUGUUUGUUGAACUAUACGCGAGCGUGUGAAUCAACGCGGGCCAUCAUCACCUGGACCUUUCUCAACAGAGCGUCACCUGUCAAUGCAAAUCACUCACAUUAGACCGAUACGGAAGCACAAGCUGACCCAGAAAAGAGCACCCACCUGUCGCGAUCUGUCUAAUGAACUGAUAACUGAUGCCCUCCAGCCGGGAUGUCUCAUUCAGAUGCAACGUCCCUCAGGAGCUGAUUGAUUAAACAUUGCACAAAGAAAUGCAAUUCAAUGCUCCCAUGGGAAAUCAUGAUAAUUCACAUGAAUCGCUGGAGACGAACAAUAUUUGACUAUAAAAUGAGCAGUAGACGUUGCAGUAAGUUACAAUCCAACUGGACAUCAGAAGCCUUCGUACAUCCUAGUGCUUUCCACUUGCAACACACGAGUUUUCCACUCUCAAAAUGGCUGCGAAAGUAGUGUUUGUUCUGUUACUUGCCUCGUUCGGUUUGGCACUCGGUCAGCGUGAUCCCUCGAUCGAGGUGAUGAACGUGCUGAAGGAGCUGCAGCCACGCUACCGAGAAAUUCAAGAUUUCGUCAUUAACCAGCUAACGGAGGCACGGUUGAACAGUUCCGAGGUGAUCUUCAACUUCCAUACCGACAUCAUCAGCUCGAAGGAUCAGUACGUUCGCAAUACGAUCCAGGAGGAACAGGGUGUACUUACGAUUCUGGACCUUCAGGCAGAAUCGGUCGACAGGACCUGUCUUGGAUUCGUGCGCAACAGUGUCGACAUGAACGUGAACCUGGUUGGCGUUUCGUACACCAACUGCAUCGUACGUGUGGACGACUCAUUGGCUGACGUUGUGCAAGAGUUUUACCAGACAAUUCAGCAGGAUGAAACACAGUACACCGGUAGUGAUCUGUUUGGCGCAUUCCGUGGCGAGAACAUCUUCCACGCACCGGAAAGUCUAAUGCAGAAGCUGAAUGAAAAGCUGGAACAACUGCGCGAAAAUCCAACCUUCAUUGCAACGGAACUUUUCGAUCUGACAGUAAAGUUCGAGCAGGAACUGAAGCAGGUGAAAACUGGCUACGAUGGAUGUUUGGAAAGUGGAACGGAACUGCUUCGAAACGCACUCGAAAUAGCGCGUAUUCAGGUCGUCCAAGUGUGCCAAGGACAGUUGGAAGAGCUGAAUCCCUCCACAACUCUCGCUGUGUAAACCUUUUUGGCGUUCGUCAGGAGUGCUUCGCGUAAUGUGCCAGAAAUGGAUUUAUUCUGUCAAUAACCAUUUUACGUUAAAUAUUAUGUUAACGAACAAUUUGAUCAUAUCAUAAAUAAAAUCGGCACGACAAUUCUUUGAAGCCUCCCACAAUAAGCAAUGCUUUUAGCUAAUGGUAACACGCAAGCAAAGAAAGAUGCUAACCAAGCAAAGGGGGAACAAAAACUUCUUGAAAAACCUUCACAAAACUCCCCACCUGAGAAAGAGAACAAAGUUUAAAGAGUUCCAUUUGAUCUAUUUUAUCCACCGUUAAUGCUACCAGCUGUUGCUUGUUGAAUGGGGUUUUUGGGCAAACGGAAAACUUUUCACUGGUUUCAAGGAUAUGAUUCCCACCGGUCUUAGAGCCACUCAGGGUUUAAACUCAUGUAUGUGCACAAAAAAAACCGAAACAUACCUGUGUGUCUGUCUGUUAUUUUUUUUACACCUUUCACUCCGUAAAGUUUGUAAAGGAGAUAUAGAUGGUCGGACGUACUGACACAUAUGGUUCAUAGGAAAAAAAGCGAAUGGAAUGGUGGACUAGUUCCCCACAAUACACAAAGUGUGAUUGAUUGGUUUAUACUCAUGGGCGUGAGUUGUGGUUUUGCUGGGGAACACGAAAUACACUUUUAAAAACAGGUGAGAAAUUGAAUUUCGAACAUUUCCUUCAUGUCCCAAUGUGUCCUCCCGGUUGUAAGUUAUUGUUCUUUCGUAUAGAAUGUUGCAAAAUAAGCAGGGACAGUUCGACAGUUGAAAGCACCCACGGUAACACGGGGAUGAACGUGCUACCAUAAAGUGUCACAAUAUUACCCUCAGAAUAUCAGAAAUUGUGUGUUUUUUGCAACACGCGCCAUUUACUCUCACUUGCAACAACCAUAAUCCGGAACUUCCUGCGUGGUUGAAGGAUUAGCAGACAUUCGGGGACAAUCACUACCCGGACCAGCAUGACCUUGUGCAAUUGCAAAUAAUCUACGUGCGUGAUACGCGCAAGCUACAACAGACGUUGCGACAGUGCGACCCCAAAAGUGACCCACUAGGGCCGACGCAUCGAUUGAGACGUUUGUAAUGUUUUAUCGGAGACGACAAUAAAAAUCUGAAAAUG